AUGGGCAUUAUAUUCAGCUGCUGUUCAGACGAUGGUGAUGGAGAACAGGAUCCUCUCUUAGAUAACCAGCUAGGUUAUGGUUCCCAAGGUAGUACCAAUGAGGACCACCAUGUCCUUGAACAAGAACUACAACAAAAAUUGUUGCAAAGGGAGCGGGAGCUCACCGUGAUUGUAAAUAACACAAACGAUAAAUUAAUUGAUAUUAGUAUGAUGAGCAACAGUGGAAUAGUAGUUCAGAGCCAUGACUUGGAAGAUCUGGAGUCUGAAGACCCUUCGCGCAGCAAUUUUGUCACUAUGGAUUCUAUCCGCAUUCCAAAGGAGGUACGCUCGAAGGUCGGCCAAUUGCAUCAAGAUUUAUUCCACGGGUUGGAAACACAGUUGAAGGUCAAUACUAAUGGUCCCCUAGUCGUCACCCUAUAA